GUGAAAAUAAAAUUACCACAGUGUGAAAUCAUUUGUGAUGUCGUUAAAAUAUAAGAUGGCAAAGACAAUUAGAACGUUUUGUAACUUUUUAAAUGGGAAAAGUGAAAUGUUUGACAGUAAAUUAUCAGAAUAUGGCUCAUGUGUGGACGACUGGUACGAUGGUUUGAAAGGAAGGAAGAAAUACAUACUAGAAGUAACCAUGAAGUUUCCAUUGGUUGUGAUUAUGUAUCUUUGGAUGAAUGGCCUUGCUCCUUACUACAACAACUGGCUUCUUGAUGUUCCUUUCCUCGUCGUUAGAUAUUUUGGACUCUACUUUAUCGUGGUCAGGUUUAUAUCCAGUUUCGAGAACCUCUUUCCGUUCUACGUGGCAACGUGUACCGUUUCUGUAGCUUCGGUUGUUUCCCAAUACGUGUACUGGGUUUCCCGAAGUGCAGCGGAGGAAGCGUGCUUUCCAGAAGCAUUUGGACCUUGCUGGAGCGCCGGAGAUCCGCUAUGGACCCCUACCAUUUUUUCAAUCGUUGUGCGGAUAUUGUGUAUGUUCCAUCUAUUGUACUAUUCCGAUGAUGCAGUCUUAAUGGUUGUUCCUUUGGUUUCAAGUUCAAUUACCCUGCUAAUGAGUUUGACAUCGUGGUAUAUUGUAGCUGAAGUAGACUACCUGGCGAACGGUUUCUUCUUGAUCGCCUCACUUUUAAUGAUAAUUAUUCGAUGCGAAGAAAAUGACAAAUCGAGUGUUAACAAAAAACUAACAAAAUUACGCGGUCAGUUAGCAAGAGAAGAAAACAUUGGAAGAAGAACACAUGUUGUUGACCUUUUGAAAUAUUAUGAACUGAAAAAGCAAAGUAUUGUUGCCGAGGACUGGAAAGUUAAAAUGACAAAGGAAGUUACCGAUCUAAUAACCGCAAUAUUUGCCAUUUUUAGCAUGAUGACCAUCCUCCUGAACCUAUGUUCACGUCUUUGGUCUUUGUAUCAUUAUUCUAACAAUAUUUAUUUAGAGUUGAAUCAUUUGAUUAACCCCAUUUUCUCUUCUGUGUCAGAGAGUUGCAACAAUUGUAUAACGUUCAUUGGAUUGGCCUUUGUGUUUGGAAAAAUGUCCCAUAUAUUAAUAUAUGCCAUAAACAAAUUCCUAAAUGUGGCUCAACCUAACUUUGAUAACUUGGAGUAUCAAGUAGAAAUUUUCUUCGUCAGCGCUUGCGUCGAGGGAGGUAUCAUCUAUGCUGAUAUAAACACAAGGGAAAGACAUUUAGAGGGUGUUCUGUUGAUGACGAUAUUUCAAAUUAUCUUGUUUACGCUUGGCAGAGUAGAAAAUGAAAUUCUUGCUCUCGCAAACGCAGGAGGAAGAGCACCGCCGAUGCGCCUUGUGAAACUUGGGUUGGUCUUAGCAGCCAUAACAGUAGGUCCGACAUUUUUUGUCAUCACACAUUCUUCACCGGCUUUACAUGUCAAUGUUUGGCAUCUGUUCAAUCUCACCGGAAAUUUUACCUUAUUUAUAAGAGUAUUUUACCUUCUUGUGGAAUGUUUCUUGCUUUGGAUUUCAUGGCAUUUAACUCAGUUAAACGACAAGAUCCAACGCGCUUUAAAUUGCAUUCGGGUGAUAAAAGGGUUUUCAUUUUUGACGACGACUCUAUUGAUGACAUACUAUCGCUUGAUGGCCCCCUUCUUGGUGGCAUUCUUCUGGUUGCGUGUAGUUUUAAAUAUUAUUUGGGUUAUAUUGGUUAUCGUUGGCAUCAUUUACAUUGAAUGGGCAAAGUAUAAGAUCAGAAACGAUCUCCUUGACUUUAUUCAUGGACUUUCAAAUGCCACGCUUAACGAAGAAAACACAGAAUGUUCUGUAUGUUACAUUGAAAUGGAUUCUGGGAAGAAACUUCCUUGUGGGCACAUGUUUCACCAUGAUUGCCUCAAGAGAUGGUUCCAGGUGCGAACCGUGUGCCCAUACUGCAACACUGCCGUGCACAUUCCCCGACGAAUCCUCACACCCGAGGGACUUGUGACCGUCAACCAGAAUCAAGCAGGCAUAGUGCAACAAAGGCAACAACAGCUUUUACGACUGCAAUAACAGCAAGUGCAACAGAGGUAAAAUCAAGCAGUUCUACUUGAACAUCCCCACGAACAUUUCCAAUACAUAUAACCUUUUCUAUAACAAGAAAACUGGAAUACAAAAAGACUUCCAGUAAAAUAACUGCUUAUUAAGUAACCCCAAAAAAUAAUGUUUUGAAUUUCCCUUUUGAUAUAUUAUUUGAUAUUUCAGUUAUAUGAUAAAAACGAUGAAAUGCUAUAUUGCAUCUGUUGUGUGAUUGGAUUUCCAUUGUAACGAAUAUUUCUUAUUUUAGCUGUAAUAAAUCAAUUCUAAGCGUUCCGUUUAUACUUAUAUGAAUGGUGUAUUUGCAAUGUUUUAUUGUGUUUGCAAUGUUGACUUAUAACUCAUUAUUUCAGGCUUUGUUUUAAAAUCCGAUGUCAACGCUAUAUGUUAUACAUGUAUCUUUCAAAAUUACCUAUGUUGCCACUGUGACACAUACAUCACGUAAAUUACGCGUUUCUUAUGUUCGAUGUUGUUUGGUACUUACAGACUAGCUCUCGUAGUUCUUCGUUUACUUUUUUUAUUUCAUUAUGAAAACCAUAUUGUUUUUAGCACUUUUUAAAUUUUGAUGUUAUAUUCACAGACUGUUUUCCAUUUGUGUGAUGUUUUAAUGUUCUAUUACACAUCGUAUGGGAGUCAAAUUGACUAUUGCGUGUGCAUGUAUGUGUACACAUCUUUGCAAAUGCACAAAUUUGUUCCUCGUUUCUUGUCACCAAAUCAGACUUGUGUUUGAAAUAGUUUCGAUUUAUAUAUGCAAACAAAUAAAUGUUUACUUGG